AUGCCCAUCGUCCACAUCGUGCUCGUCAAGGUCAAGGACGCCGUCCUCAACAAUGGCUUCGAGGAGUUCAAGGACAAGUGCAGCCAGCUCAAAAACGUGCCCGUCGCCGCCCAGAAGCUCCAGGACCACAAGUGGGGCCCGCCCGCCUACCCCGGCCGCACUCAGGGCUACAACUGGGGCCUCUACUCGCUCUUUGCGACGAGGGAGGACUACGAGGUCUACCGCGACGAUGAGGAGCACAAAAACUUCUCCAAGACCGUCAUCCUGCCCAAUGCCGAUGAGGUGCUGGCGUACGACUUUGAGAUCUGA